AAAUGGGGUUCAGCCAGCUGGGGACCCUGGCACAGCCAGCAGCGCCUGGGGGGGCUGCCAUGGCCCCCAGAUGCCUGGAAAGGGUCCUCCGGUGGGGGCAGGUCUAACUCUUGGGGGAUCCCUGGAGCUCACCACCCGCCUGGGGCUCUGCUGGGCACGGGAGCAAUGUGCCCGGUGGGGACGUGGGCAGAGCCCCCAGGGUGAGCGCGAUGCGGGGGGGAUGCCCCUGCUUAUCCCCUCCCUUUGCCGCAGGUGCACAUCCAGCGCCUUGGUCUCACGUCGGCUCUCUGUCCUGCCGGGCUCCCCGGGGUCGCCUGCACGUCCCCCCUUUCCACCAAGCACUGGAGGGGCACUGGGGGAGCGUGCUGGCUGCUGCCGGCCCCAGGCAGCACGGGCAGAUGUCAAGUGCGUCCGUGGGAGGGAAGCUGUCCGUGGGCAUAACCGGUGAUGGGUGCUUAUCCGUGCGGCGCGGUGCCCAUGAACCCUGUGCCAGCUGGCGUGGGCUGGGGUCCCCGGGGCCCUGCCUGGCCUGGGGGUCCCUCCAGGGUGGUUUCCCAACUCGCCGUUCCUGCCGCGCUGGCCGUGGGGUCCCACCUCUGGCAGUUGGCUCGCCGUGUGCCGUGUCCCGGCUCCCAUGGGCAGGAUGAGCAUCGCUGUGGGGCCGAGGGGGCCGGAGGUGUGUGUGCCUUGGGGCAGCUCACCCCUGCCUCUGCCCGUGCCCACCCGGGCAUGCUGGCACAGCCCCUUCCCUGUGCCACCUCUUUCCUUCUCGGCCAACUUCUUCACGGGCGCUGGCUGCCAGCCUCGGCCGCUCCGCACUUGUACGGGGCUUUUGAAGAAGAGGCUCAUCCGCCAAGAUCCAGGUUUGGGCUUUGCAGGGAUGGAGCACCAGGCUCCCUUCUCCGCUGGCUUUGCCCCGGCAGCUCCGGGAUGCUCUGGCUCCCUCGCACGCCCUGGCGCAGGAGUGUGGCUCUUGCCCCGGGGGUAUCGGCUCUGGGGAUGAGGGUGUCCGGGCGGGUGAUGCUGGGCUGUGCGGGGCAGGGGGUCCCGCUCCCCCCGCGGCGGCGGCAGCUGGAGGCACCUGCGUUGUGGCGGGGAGUCCCGGUGCUGGCGGCCGCGCCGGGAUCCCUGGCAGCUGGGGCGCGUCGUGGCCGUAUUUCCUCGCUCUGCUCCAGGAGUAAUUGCUCAGAUGGGGACUUGGGGUAACUCCCAUCCCUCUCGCGGCAUGGUAAUGAGUCAAGAAGACUCAAAGACAAAUGGCUCAUUAAGAAGCAGUGCUGCAUUGCAGGAUUUUUCAUCCCACCAACCGCUGCAUCAGCAGAGGCAGCACCUCUCGCGCUCGCUCUCCCCAGCCCUGGAGAAGGAGCUGUCAGGCAGCCGGUGCCGGUGCCAAAAUUAAUCAUGUGCUUAAUAACCUGCCCCUCCCGUAGAACAGCCUGUCCUCAGCCUCCCGGCACACGGAGCAGGGUGGCAGCGCUGGGCUCGGGCCCCAGGGCACCGUGGGUUUCGUGCCCGGGAAGCACCCGUGCUCGGCGAGGAGGGAUGUGCCGGGGCAGGGCUGAGCUGGGGGAGAUGCCCCCCGGCAUCGGGGUGCCAGGGCCCCCCCAGCCCGGCUCCGUCAGGGUGCCGGCCAGCCGUGCUGGGCAGCACCAUGCUGCCGGCCCCUCUUGGCGGCCUCGGUAAACACUUCUUGCUCCGCUCACAUUUGCAAUUCUUCAGCUGGUAUUUGUCCUUCAUGACUUUUUAAAAAUCUUGCCUCAUCCCUUAUUUACAGCAGCGGCCAGUUGGUUCCUGCCGCUCGCAACCCUCUCCAGGCAGGGCCCACCUGCAGCCCGCUCGGUUUUCUUUCGUUAGCAGUAAUUGAGCGCGUUUGCUGCGAUCUUUGCAUCCUGCUCACUCGCUUUCCCCGUCCCCUUACCUUUCCCCUUCCCCUGGCCAGCCCUUACCUACCGGGGUGAUGAACCUCUCCUUAAUGACACUCUUCCCUGCCUGACACAACUAAUGAACCGUCGGUGAGCUGCUUUCAGCUAAUUCAACUUUUAAGGAAAUAAUGACUCGUCACAGUAUUAUGUACUAAAUUAGGCAAUCUCUUACUAAGCCCCUCUUUUUUUUUCAGGCUGAGUAAAUUUUACUAAUACAGCCUAAUAAAAUAACAGAGCAAUUAGUAAUAAAAUAAAAUGUUUGCUUUCUGCAAUCCUUCUCGCUUACGACGAGUUGGGAAAAAGUAAAUAGAUUAAAAGCGUGGUGGAAACGACCUGGCGGUAUUCCAUAUUUAUUUUCUUCCGUCGACCGUAGAUCAAAUUUGCUUAGCUCCUAAGUGGGAAGACCACUUUUUUUUUUUUUUUUCCCAGGCUCCAGCUUGCGCGCGGUGCCGGGCGCUCACGCUGCGUGUUUGUUCUCUCCUGCUUUCAUCCCCAGCUAUAAAGAUCCCCAGCAGGACCCGCGCUGGCAAAACCUCGCGCUAAUUUGCAAAGCAGAACGGGCCGAGCUCGUGUCUCUGCCGGGCCGGCGGCUGGAAAAAAUCGCUUUGCUCACGGCAGAAAGCCGGGGUGGCGGGAGGAGGCUUUGUGGAGCAUAUGGCCGGAUCCGGAGCAAAUCAAAGUCGACGGCGAGGUGGCCGCUGGGCCGGCUCCGGCGCCCGCUGGCAGGGAAUUGCAUAAGACGGUGGGGCUGGGGACGGUUUUGGGGCUAAGCUGGGCGAAACACGUGUCCGCGGCCGUGCGGAGCCGUCCCCGUCGCUGCCGGUACAGGCAGCGCUGCCUACGGGGCGGCCUCGGGGGAGGAGGGAAGGUUGGGCUGCUGAAAAAAUACACAGGGAGUUGUGUCAGGCCGUUCUUGGGGAGGAACACCCUUGCUCUUCCUCCCUGGGCUUCAUCCCCCUCGUGUCACUCCCCCCAGAGCCUGCUGCCCCCGGGAGACCCAGCGUGGAGGAGCUGCCGCCGGCUGGGGCCAUGAGGACAGCAUCCCCCUGAGCGCUGGGCGAUGAGCCCGCAGGGAUGACCCUGCAGGAUGCCGAGGCUAUGGGGUGGGUGCUGACACGAUGAAGGGCUACCAUGGGGAGCGUAGCCAGGCACAGCCCUCCUCCGGCCACCGCUGCCGCUGCAUCCCAGAGGACUGCGAGCACCCCGCCGACUACGUCCAGCACGGCCCCGAGGGCCGGCCGCCGUACCUCCUCAGCCCCAGCGAGCCGUGUUCCCUGGAGCAUCCCUACUGCCCGGCGCGGAGCCCCGGCGCGGCCGGCGAGUGCCCGGGCGGUCCCCUGAGCGAGCCGCCCUCCGCCAGCGCCAGCAGCACCUUCCCGAGGAUGCACCACGCGCAGCAGCCCUACGACUCCUGCGACGAAUGCAUGGCGACCGCCCACCCCGCCAGCAAGAUCAACCGCCUGCCCCCCACGCUGCUGGACCAGUUCGAGAAGCAGCUGCCGCUGCACCACGACGGCUUCCACACGCUGCAGUACCCCCGGGCCGGCGGCGCCGAGCCCCGCAGCGAGAGCCCCAGCCGCAUCCGCCACCUCGUCCACUCCGUCCAGAAGCUCUUCGCCAAGUCCCACUCCCUGGAGGCGCCGGCCAAGCGGGACUACAACGGCGCCAAGAUGGACGGCCGCGGGGACGGCUACCACCACCACCACCACCACCACCACCACCAUCAUCACCACCACCAGUCCCGCCACGGCAAGCGCAGCAAGAGCAAGGACCGCAAGGUGGACUCCCGGCACCGGUCCAAGAUGAUGGGCUGGUGGAGCUCCGACGACAACCUGGACAGCGACAGCAGCUACAUGGUGUCCGGCCGGCACGCUGCCGAGCAGGGCACCCAGUACUGCGUGGACGCUCCCGAAAGUGCCUUCAGAGACUUGACCUUGAAGAGUCUAAAGGGCGGCGGGGAAGGAAAAUGCCUGGCCUGCGCCGGCAUGUCCAUGUCUCUGGACGGCCAGACGCUCAAGAGGAGCGCCUGGCACACCAUGACCGUCAGCCAGGCCCGCGAAGCCUACCCCAGCGCCGGCGGCACCGAGAAGACCUUGAUGCUUCAGGAAGCAAAGGCCAAAGACCGAGCGUACCAGUACCUGCAGGUGCCGCAGGACGAGUGGAGCGGGUACCCAGCGGUGGGCAAGGACGGGGAGAUUCCCUGCCGGCGGAUGCGCAGCGGCAGCUACAUCAAGGCCAUGGGCGAUGAAGACAGCGCCGACUCGGACGCCAGCGCCAAAAUAUCGCCCAGGGCAGCCACGCGGCGAGACAGCUACCGCCGCUCCUCCAGCGCCGACCAGGCCAGGACCAACUGCUGCACGCCACCGCGAAUGCUCCCGCGGGGACAGGGCUACGGGCGUUCCUUCACCACCGGCCAGAUCAACGACGAGCUCAACCACCAGUUCGAGGCCGUCUGCGAGUCGGUUUUCGGCGAGGUGGAGUCGCAGGCCGUGGAGGCGCUGGACCUGCCCGGCUGCUUCCGCAUGCGGAGCCACAGCUACCUGCGGGCCAUCCAGGCGGGCUGCUCCCAGGACGACGACUGCCUCUCGCUCUUCUCCAUGUCGGCCCCCGCCGGGCCGCCCAUCACCAGCAGCAUCCUGAAGCCCAGCACUUCCUUCAGUUACAGAAAAGCUCCACCUCCCAUCCCUCCAGGAACCAAAGCCAAACCCCUCAUCUCCGUCACGGCGCAGAGCAGCACCGAGUCCACCCACGAGAGCUACCUGCCCGGCGAGGUCGCCCGCAGCCCCGCAUGGUCCAAAGAUGCCGCGGCCCGCUGCAACUCGGCCGAGAGCCUGGAGAGCUCCAAGGUGACGGCCGUGGCCCUCGACCUGCCUCCGGUCCAGCCCCGCGCCGCUCCCAAGCCCUCCACGCUCAUCAUCAAGGCCAUCCCCGGCCGGGAGGAGCUGAGGAGCUUGGCUCGGCAGAGAAAGUGGCGCCCGUCCAUCGGCGUUCAGGUCGAGGCCAUCUCCGACUCGGAUACAGAGAGCCGGAGCCAGAGGGAGUUCCACUCCAUCGGAGUGCAGGUGGAGGAGGACAAAAGGCGAGCACGCUUCAAGCGCUCCAACAGCGUGACGGCGGGUGUGCAGGCGGACCUGGAGCUGGAGGGCUUCACCGGCCUGGCCGUGGCCACCGAGGACAAAGCCCUGCAGUUCGGGCGCCCUUUCCAGCGGCAUUCCUCGGAGCCUGAGUCCGGCCGGCAGUACGCGGUGUACAAGACGGUGCACACGCAGGGGCAGUGGGCGUACCGGGAGGAUUACCAGCUCCAGUACGACACGGUGGAGGUGCCCCGGCGGGAUGCCUGGAUGGAGCGGGGCUCCCGCAGCCUCCCCGACUCCGGCCGUGCCUCCCCCUGCCACCGCGACGGGGAAUGGUUCAUCAAACUGCUGCAGGCGGAGGUGGAGAAGAUGGAGGGCUGGUGCCAGCAGAUGGAGAGGGAGGCCGAGGACUACGACCUGCCGGAGGAGAUCCUGGAGAAGAUCCGGAGCGCCGUGGGCAGCGCCCAGCUCCUCAUGUCCCAGAAGGUGCAGCAGUUUUACCGCCUCUGCCAGCAGAACAUGGAUCCCAACGCGUUCCCCGUGCCCACCUUCCAAGACCUGGCCGGCUUCUGGGACCUCCUGCAGCUCUCCAUUGAGGACGUCAGCAUGAAGUUUGCAGAGCUCCAGCAGCUCAAGGCCAAUGGGUGGAAGAUCGUGGAGCCCAAGGAGGAGAAGAAGGUGCCUCCCCCGAUACCAAAGAAGCCGCCACGCUCCAAGGUGCACCCGGUGAAGGAGCGCUCCUUGGACUCGGUGGACCGGCAGCGGCAGGAGGCCCGCAAGCGGCUCCUGGCAGCCAAGCGAGCUGCCUCCUUCCGCCAGAGCUCGGCCACCGAAAGCGCGGACAGCAUUGAGAUCUACAUCCCCGAGGCGCAGACCCGGCUGUGACCGCAGCCUCCGCUUUUCUACCCGGACUGGACGGCGCGGCCGUAGCUCACUGUGAUGGGGGGCCGCGGGGACACCCUGGGGCAGCUCUUGGCCCCACUCACAGCUUCUCUCUUUUCUAUCUUAGACCUUUCGUGGAUCCGACGGCGGGUGAACGCAAGCCCGGUUCUGCCCCGUCCCGUUGCCCCCCGCCCGCAUGCCCCUGCCAGCCUCUCCCGGGGUCCGGGGCUCUCCCUCCCUCUGCCCUCCCUGGGGCCGUGUCCCAGCUCUCUGUCCCCUUCCCCCCCCCCCCAGCCCUUCUGCAACCCCCCCCCCCCCCUCAGCCUGCAUCCCAACCGAAAGAGAGGUGACCCUCAGCCCCCGGCCCCACCGGGCUGGAGGGGAGGGGGCUGCAGGCAGGCCCCCCCCCGCCUCUCUGUACUCAGUGCAAUCCCCCAGCGUGUGGCGGGGACGGGCCCCCCCCCCCAGUCCCCGCCUGGCCAGAGCCCCCCCCCAGCCCCGCUCCCCGGCCCUGCCGGCACGAGGCUUUGGGACGCGGUGGGGACAAGGGGCUCCCCCGUGGCUGCCCCUGCCUGCCUCUGGCUCGGGUGCCACGGGGCUCCUUCCCCUCUAUACAUAUAUAAAUAUAACCUGAGGAAUAAACCAGAAACUACACGUGACCAGCGCUGUGUUCUGGCUGGUGGGACAGACCAGAGCAGCAGAAACCCCCCCCACCCCGGUCACGGCGAGCCGCCCCGCUUCCCUCGCACGGAGCAUCGCGACGCGCUUCUCCCCGCUCGGCCCUUCCUUCUUCCCCAUCGGUCUGUCCCUCCAUCCGUCUGUCCUUCCCUCCUGCCAGCCUGGAGUCUGGGAGCACCUCUGCAGCGUGGCACUAGCCGGGGGUGGGGGAUACGGUCCCCCCCGUGCCUCGUCGCCGGUGGGAGCUGCUUCCCUGGUGUGCGAGCGGGGUGGUAGUGGUGGGGAGACCCGACCGCAGCCUUUUUGCACCCACAGUGCCAGGGACCGUGGCGGCUUUGCCCCGGGCCGGGCUUGGCACCGGCGGGUGGGAUGGGAGCGUGGACGCGGCCAGCAGCUGCCCCUUGAGUGUGGGGCUGCUAGAGAUCGCCCUGGGGGGGGGUCCCCCUUCUCCCCGAGCUCCUGGUGCCCCGCGGGGAUGGGGCACCCCAGGAUAGGGCUGUCGUGCGCCUGGUUCCCCUACGGGGCCAAGGGACGCGCCGGGAUGCUGCUCAUCCCAGCUCCUCCAUCGCUGUGCACAGACCCGGGAGCAGGGUGGGGGGGGUCCCCAAAGGUCCCCUCCAGGGCAGAGCAGCGUGGCGGGGCAGGAGGCUGCGUCUGCCCCAUCCCUGUCCCUAUCCCCAUCCCCGGUCCCUGUCCAAGCAUCCUGUCCCCCCCAGUGUCCCUUUUGGUGGCAGAAGGGGGGGAGGACCCCGUCCUGUCCCCCACCCCGCUACGCCAGCAGCCCCACACAGCAUCACCAGCCACCCCCCAGGCAGGGCCAGUGGGUGCCGGGUAGCUCCCAAAAUCCAGGGCCAAACCUCGCCCGGUGCCCUCGGGCAGGGCGGUGGGAUCGGAGGCAGCUGGGGGGGGGGGGGGCCCAGCUCGUGCCCCCCAUGUAGCAGGGGAGGCCGGGGCCAAGCAGGCGGACGCCUCGCUGGGGGUCCCUCGCUCCGGGGGGGUCUGUUGGUGCUAAACACCUCCGGGACGGCAGCGCCCGCUCAGCCACCCGAGGCCCUUUCCCACCCCGCUCCCCCCCCCCAACACCCCGGAUUUAGGGAUGUGCCUGGGAAGGGCCCCCCCCGGGCCCCCACCCCGGCCAGCGCCGUGCAGUGACCGUGACACGUGGCUCCCUUUUUAUUGUAACGAACCGCCGCAAUUAAUAAAGAUGACUUUGGUUACUCCGGGCCAGCGGCCACCUCCCCGCGGGGACACGGCCGGUGCCGGGGCUCGCCUUU